AUGAAAGUCACCCUCAACGGAACCGUCCUUGCAGACUCCAACGAGACUAUCGCAGUUGAAAAUAACCACUAUUUCCCCCCUUCAUCCGUCAAGAAGGAGUUCUUCGCCGAUUCGAACACCAGCACCGUUUGUGGAUGGAAAGGAACAGCUUCCUAUUACAACGCGAAUGUGGAUGGUAAAACGGUAAAAGAUAUCGCUUGGUACUACCCAAAUGCGAUGGAAAAAGCCAAGAAUAUCGAGAACUAUAUUGCAUUUUACAAGAACAAAGUCACAUCUGAAUAA